ACUGGAACGUUCUGGAUUUGGACCAAUCGCUUAGUUACAUUUCUGUUGAGCGCACGUUUGUAGUGACUAUAGUAAAUAAACCGACUGGGUGGAAAGUGAGUCAGCUUACAUUAGCUAGCAAUUUUGAAUCACAAUUUCACCUGUCAGUGAAUGUGUUAAACCGGUCUUUUGACGAAUUUGCACUACAGCGAGGUCUAUUUGGUCGCAGCUUCCAACAAGCCUUUGCUUAUCACAGCAUUGGUUGUUACAAACAUCAGGCGACUGCUUGCUAGCCACCUACCAUUAGCUAGCAGGACAGAUUCGUAGCUUGCUAGGUUAACGUCAACUGGCUGUCUUAUUCCAGGACUGAGGCAGAAUUAUCAACUAUCACAGACAGGCAGUAUUGUUUGCUCAUCUCUGUGGCAAAUGCCACCUGCUUCAUUACGAGAGAGAAAGCUGAAAAUCAACAGUCAAGUCACCCAGCUAGCACCAUCAAGCUAGCUCGACACCAUAGACCCGAUCCGAUUGCUCGUAGGAGCCCUCCAUCCAGCCACGGAUCUGCAUGUGCAGUUUGGAACCGCAGUGAUAUUACAUCCAGGCUGGAAUCAGACUCCGUCGAAAUGUCAGAGUUCUGUAAAGAAGUGGUGGACUUGGUGUGGGGCAGACCGAACAGCAGCGGGAUGUCGCCAUCCCUUUUUAGGAGAUGGACCCAGGGUUUUGUGUUCAGCGAAACGGAGCGCACCGCUCUGGAGCAGUUUGAAGGCGGACCGUGCGCCAUUAUUGCACCUGUACAGGCAGUUCUGCUGAAGAACCUACUCUUUAACUCUGAGAACUCCAACUGGAGAGAAAUCUCUGAUGAGGAGCAGAAGUUGUUGCUGUGCACCACGCUGAGCGAGCUGCUGGAGUCGGCGUGUCAGACCCAGAGCCACACCUUCAGCCUGGCCGUCUGGAGGGGUACCCGGGGCAAGAGCGCGGACGAGCAGAGCGGCGGGCCCGCGGGCGUGCGGCCCGACGCCACUCAGCAGGAGAACGCCGACCCGGCACACAGGCAGCUGCCGGAGCCAGCGACCAGCCAGUCCUCAGACCAGACGCUGCCCACUGCGUUGCCUGCUGAAGACCCUGGCUUCGAGCGCUUUCACUCCCUGAUUCACAAACGCACGUUGAAGUCAGUGUGUGAGCUGCGGGAGGCAGUGUUAUCCCUCUAUGACAGCUGGAAGAACAGAUUUGGAGUCCUGCUCUUUCUCUACUCCGUCAUCCUCACUAAAGGGAUAGAAAACAUCCGAAAUGAGAUCGAGGACACUACUGAGCCCCUCAUAGACCCAGUCUUUGGCCAUGGCAGUCAGAGUUUGAUCAACCUUCUGGUGUCAGGUCGUGCCGUGUCAAAUGUUUGGGACGGUGACAGAGAAUGUUCUGGAAUGAAGCUGAAGGGGAUAAACGAACAGGCCACAGUUGGGUUUCUCACCCUCAUGGAGUCACUGAGGUACUGCAAGGUGGGCGCGUGUCUCAAGUCCCCCAAGUUCCCCGUCUGGAUCCUGGGCAGUGAAACUCAUUUGACCGUGUUCUUCACCAAGGAGUUGGCCUUGGUGGCUCCAGAGUCUCCCUCAGAACAGGCCAGAAGAGUGUUUCAGACCUAUGAUCCAGAAGAUAAUGGCUUCAUUCCCGACACUCUUCUUGAAGAUGUGAUGAAGGCUUUGGACCUGGUCUCUGAACCAGAAUAUGUGAACCUGAUGAAGGGCAAGCUGGACCCUGAGAGUCUGGGCAUCGUGCUCCUGGGCUCCUUCCUCAUGGAGUUCUUUCCAGAGCAGGACUCAGGGACCCCAGACUCAUUUCCUGUGUAUCACUACAAUGGCCUGAAGCAGUCCAACUACAGCGAGAAGGUGUGCUAUGUGGAGGGCACGACCCUGGUGCUGGGUUUCGAGGACCCCAUGGUACGGACGGACGACACUCCAGUCAAGCGCUGCCUGCAGACCAAAUGGCCGUACAUCGAGCUGCUGUGGAGCACAGAGAGAUCCCCCUCACUCAACUAACACCUCACACACACACACACACACACACACACACACACACACACACACACACACACACACACCUCCUUCCCUACACCCCACACCAGGGUUGCUGGAUCCUCCUUCCUUCACACACUCACACACUCACACAUCAACACAUUUGAAGCAAAAAAGAAAAACUCAUUGCCAUCAUAAUCACAUCUGUACGCAAGGACCCCUGUACUCACCCCACUCAGCGCAUAGGAGGCCACUGCAGUGCCUGAACUUAAACUAAAUACGUAUGGACUCGUACACACACACGUACACACACACACACACACACGUACGUACAUACACACACACACACACACACACACAUACACACACACACACACACACACACACACACACAAUCAUGACUGUCUUACAUGAUUGGAAUGGCUUGUACAUUUUUUUGACAGAUAUUUCAAGUGUUUAUUUCAAGGAUAUUUAAAAUCCUCGGAAUGCUGAACAAUUAAUUAAUGGAUGAUUUUUUUAUUUUAUUACUUUUUGCAUUUUCGAUUGUUGUUUGUUUGUUUGUUAUUUAGCAUUCUCCCCCUCCCCGAGGUCUCUAGUGUUUUGUGUUAAGCCACGUGGAUCUCCAGCGCCUGACGGAGAGCUCAGUGCACUGACUGUGGAGGCAUCGCCAGGGUUUGAGGGGAUUUAAGUGACCGGAGGACCCGAGCCUCGAGCUGGAUAUUAUUUUUUUUUAUUUCUUUAACAGAGACUGAAUAACCCCAAAUACACACUCUCACACACUCACACACUCUCUCACACACUCACACACUCUC